AUGAUGGGUAAGGAACCUGCGGUGAGUAAUCUCUCUGAAGAUAUACAGAAGGAAAUUGUUGAGGCACACAAUGCGUUCAGGAGAGCCGUGCAGCCAACUGCCAGCAAUAUGUUGAAACUAGUCUGGAAUAAACAAGCUAGUGAGAGUGCUAAAAAAUGGGCUGGGAAAUGCGAGCCAAAAUCCAGUCCCAUGGAGGAGAGAACUGUUAAUGGAGUCUUCUGUGGCGAGAGUAUAUCACAAUCAAAUUUUGUCCGAUCCUGGCCAGAUGUAAUCAAACUGUGGCAUAGUUCAGUAUCGGAUUUCAAGUAUGGCGUUGGAGCAGUUGAUCCAGAUAAAAACGUUUACGGAUAUACUCAGGUUGUUUGGUAUAGGACACACGAGAUUGGAUGUGCCCUUGCCUACUGUCCACAGAGCAAACACCCUUUCUUCUACGUCUGCCAUUACUGUCCUGCCGGGAACAUAUUACAGCAAAUGGCAACACCCUAUAAACAAGGUGUACCAUGUGGAGACUGCCCUAACAACUGUGAGGAUAAACUCUGCACCAACCCAUGCAAAUAUAUGGACAAUCUCUCAGACUGCCAAGCAAUGGUAGAGCAGUUCACCUGCAAAUCUCCAGUGGUGGUAAAACAAUGCGAAGCCACCUGUAAAUGCAAAUCACAUAUUAAAUAG